GAAAACCCGUGACAAAUCGAUUAUUUCUCUCUAAGAAAACACAUCUUACUCCAUCUUUAUCGGUGUCCAUGGCUCAGCCACCUCCUUUAGAUAAUGAUGAUCAAUUCGACUAUCUAUUUAAGAUCGUCUUGAUUGGGGACGCAGGUGUUGGAAAGACGUGUGUCGUCCAACGUUUCAAGACCGGAAAUUUUCUGGAAAAACAUGGCAGCACCAUCGGUGUUGAUUUUACCAUGAAAACACUAUUUCUGGAUGGGAAACGAGUAAAGCUGCAGGUUUGGGACACCGCUGGGCAAGAACGUUUCCGGACUAUUACGCAAAGUUACUACAGAAGUGCCAAUGGAGUGAUCAUAGCCUAUGACAUAACGAAAAAGGACACGUUUGAUAACAUAAACCGCUGGGUGGAUGAUGUGAUGAAGUACUCGGGACCAAAUAUAACGCAACUCAUGAUAGGAAACAAGAAAGACCUUGAGGGAUUACGAGAAGUGUCUGUGACGCAGGCAAGGGAACUCGCUAAACAUUAUGAUAUGAUGGAGCCAGUUGAAACAAGUGCUAAAGACAAUACAAAUAUAGAUGAAGCGUUUAUCAAAAUGGCAAAGGAACUGAAAUCGAAAUAUGGCGGUGAUAGCGACUUGCAGGAAGACGGCCACACUGGACAUGGAUUACCUCUCAAUAGCAGAACAUUAAAUAAAGGCUGGCACUGCUGUGGGAGCUAGUCGAGUCAGAUUCAAACCUGUCCUCCGAUAAACAGUUGUGUUAUUCAAGAUUGUUCUAUUGGAUUCUGGUGUCACAAAUAUUCUAGGCAUGCUUGCUGUGUUUUCGUGUGAAAGCAUUUGUAAAAUAGCCCGUUGCAAUGCCUGAAGAUCAAUGGCUCAAAGAGCGCAUUUAAAGGGAGACUAUAGGCAGGAGCAGAGGGACUAAUUUGGCGAUCUUCAGGUGACUAAUAUACAAAGUAAAAGGGCCCUGGGUCAUGUCAGAUUCAGCACUAAAUAUAUUCCUCGUACAAGCGUCAAUCAAUUCGACAUACUGUGAGAUGUGAGAGACCCCUAUUGGUGACUUUGUGUAUCUUGCCUGCCUCACUGCUGCCUAUAUUGUCCCUUUAAGAAAUUGGCUCAUUAUGGGAGACGCUAUUUAUUUCUUUGUCCGUGGAUGAUUGCCAACAGGCGAAGGUGGUGACACAUCCGAGUCUUUGGAAAUGACGGUGAAUUUUUUUAAUUUGCAUGAAAAACCUUCGGGGAUCUUCCUGCAGAGUUCCUCCCUCUCAUAGAUGUCUUUGAACUGCCCCUGCUCAACAUCCUCAACCAUUUGGUUUCGCAAAGUUCGUCAUUCCUUGUUCAUGAGAUUUAAUUGAUGUCAUCUUAAUUAUAUAUGUCUGGCCUAUGGAUACAUUCACCACAUUUGUACAGCAAGUGUCAAAGAUUUGCUGCACAAAUCUAGUGAAUCAAAAGGACCAAGUCUGUGUUUCUUUAUUUGAAUGAUGAGAAACUAUAGGGGCAAGUCCUUCUGAACCUGUGAGAAAUUAGGAGGCAAAUUACCUUUGUAGAACAUAAUUUGGGAAUUUUUCUUGGGCAAGGCAGCCUCAAGUCAUUAUUAGGCAAAGAAGCAAGUCACUACUGCCUUCGACUGAGCCAUGACGUAUAUUGACAAUUGUGAUAGGAAUGCAGCAGCUGGUUGGUCAAAUCGCAAUCACUCGUCAUGCUGUCAUUGCUCGGUUGCACGUUGCAGCAACUGAAAUCGCUUGUCUGCGCGUCACUUUACAUAUCCAUGUCGUCACCUCAUAUAUGUCAUUGUCCACCAACGAAGGUGGCAUGUUUGCUUGGCAUGAGUCUAGAAAUUUUUAACUGGGUGUGUCUCACUUGGGCUGUCUUAUGACAAAAAUACAAAAUGUCAUUGCAAUUUGACCUACUUUCUGGGGUCUAGAUGGCCAUCUUUACAAACCUUAUUAUUUGUCAUUAUUAUGACAAGGAGUCGGAGUGUUAACCCUGUGUUACAAUAAAAUUGAGCUUGAUCUACAUUUCAAGGUCACAGGGGUCAGUAUCAUUCAGUCAUCCAUCUUUACCUGAAUACCAAUAAAUUGGAAGCGCUGCCUCCGACAGCAAGUAUGGAUUACUUGACGAAGGGAAAUUUACCCGAUCACUACUCUCGUUUGUUGCCAAAUGUGUGCUAAAUACCCUGGGACAUCUUAUUUUUGCUAAGCAGAUGAUCUAGAACCAGGAUGAGAUGAGACGGUUGAAAUGUUUAGAUGUAGGGCUUGGUGGGUCGCAAGUUAUGGUCAAACCAAUUUGUGUAUAUAUUGCAUGACAAGAACGGAUAAACAACAGAAGUUAUUUGAACUUUGAUAAUAUUUACUGUUCUGUAGAUUAUUUAUGAACGUAGACAUCUGAUUUCACUCUUUUAUUUAAUUUCAAACUGUCACUAUUUAAGAAGUGCAUACUUUGUAGCCUGAUCGGCUAGAAGUUCCAGUUUUGUAGUCAUAAUUUGCUGGUGCAGAGUAUUUAUUGAUUAAGUUAUUGAUUUGUGAUGGAGAUUCUAGGUGCUGGACAUAAUUAUUUCAUCCUAGUAUUAGUGUGACAAAAUGUUUUGAUCUCAGGAAUCUGACAUUUAUAGGAACGUCAAUUCUUUUAUUAGUGUUAAAUAGACAGGAGAGGCUUGGUUUUUCUCCAUUCCCAAAGAGUUCAUUAUCUAUUUAAAGAUUUUUCAAAACUUACCGACUUCCAAAAUCAUUUAGGAUGCACCUUAUUCGCAUCCACACCAUAUUUCAGCGGCACUUUUGGCCUUCUAUUCUACAAUCCUCAUCAAUGCCCUUAAAGUUAAACAACCGGAUAAAUGCUUCAGGUAAGAAGCCUUUAAUGUUCGUCCAUGACCUGACACUACUGAUGGUCACAGAUGUGCAAUGCAGGCAUCAGUAUUAGCUAAAGACAUGGCCCGUUGAUAGCGGGUCAAAUUACAGAAUUUCUAAGAUGCCAGCGAAAGAGCUCAAAAAGUCUUCUAAUACCAUAAAUGUGACCCGCUCUACCAAAACUAGGCGCUUGGCGCAUCUGAACUUGACAGGUUGAUACGGACUUGUUGUUCA